AUGCCGCAGCAAUAUCUCUAUGAGCUGACUGCAGUCCCUGCCGGAUGGUCCCUGGCCACCGUCAUCGACGCCUUCGCCCGCUUGGCUGUUUAUCAUGCAGAUCAUCGGAAUGCUAGCGCGGCGAGCCGAGCUCGCGAGGCGCUGAGCUGCCGACUGGCGGAGUUGUGGGCCUCGCAGCCGCAGGAAGCCGAGGCCUGGCUCCAGCGGUGCCGGGAGCGCUUCGCGACGGAGCUCGCAGACAAGGAGCCGAGGCCGGAGGAGCUCAAAGAGGCGCUGCUCCGGCACGGGGCGGCCGAGGUCGGCGGCAAGUACGAGUGCGGCCACUGGCGCCUCUCCGAGGCCGGGCUCCUGCGAGGAGAGCCGCGCGCCUCAGCAGCGGAGCGGGAGCGCGGGGCGGCUUGGUACCUGCAGGUUUCCCCUGCCCGCGACCGCUGCCGGGAGCUCGCGGAGCGGCUCGCGGAGGCCGAGAGCCCGGAGACGGCGCGGAAGCGGCAGAAGCUCGUGGAGGAGACCUCCGCCGCGCGCCGGCGCCUCGAAGCGGAGCUCCAAAAGUCGCAGGAGGAGGGCCAAGAGCUCAGCAAUCGCCUGGCUGCGGUGGAGGCAGAGGUGUCCAGCAAGACCGCGGAGCUCCAAGCUGCGCAGAGCGAGAGCGUGAAGUGCAAGGAGCGGUGCGAAGAGCUCGCAGCUCGUGCUGCAGCUGCGGAGUCAGCCGUGGCGGAGAUGCAACAGGAGCUCGUGCAGCUGCAGGAGGAGCACAGCCGGUGCCAAGAGCGUUGUGAGGAGCUUGCAAAUCGUUUGGAGGCAGAAGCUUCAGAGCAUGCCAAGACCAAGGAGCUUCUGGCGCAGGCCGAGUCCCAUGCCGCC